AUGAUAAAAAUUCCUAAAAUAAAAAUUGAAUUAUUUCAAAGAUACUUCAAUAAAUCAUUAUUUCAACAUCGUCAUCAUUACACUUUAAGCAAAAUCAAUAAUCUUAAUCACCCAUAUUCAAUAUACAAAUAUCAAAGAAAACCUACUUUUUCCCCAUCAUAUCAUUCCGAACCAAUUCCACCAUCGUCACAAAUUGAUAAUAAAUCAACGGCGCCAUCAAUAAAAAAAGGCUGGAGGAAAUACGUAGAUCAAUUCAAAUCAAAACCCGCAUCCUACAUUAUUUCAUUUGCGAUUUUACACGAGAUUACAGCGAUUAUACCAAUACCCCUGGUUUAUUUGUUCCUUGACCGAACAGGACUGAGCAUUCCAUUGCCAGAGAAAGUAAUACAAGAUGGAAAUCAAUUUAUUAAUAAGGUGGCAAAUUAUUAUGGAUGGCAGGGGUUCGAGAAUGGAACACGCAUGGCUAUUAAUGCUGCUACUAGCUAUGCAGUUGUAAAGGUAUUAUUGCCCGUCAGAAUUGCGGCUUGCGUAUGGUUAACACCUUGGACUGCUGACAAAAUAGUUGGACCAGUGAUUAACAUAUUCAAGGGUGCCGUUUAUCAGGUGAAUUUUAGGUCAAAUUAUCAGCCCUCCCCUUACGAGACUGAGGAAAUAUGGUGGCUGAUUCAAACAACACGUUCCAUUCAAAUACAGCGAAAGUGUGAUUUUAUGCCAUCAAGAUAA